UGAGCUGGGAAGGGCAUGGAGGGGCGCCGUGGCACUGAGUGUGAUAGGGCAUCUGAGACCUCGUCCUUUGUAGAAGAUGAAGAAGAAGAGGAAGAAGAAGAGGAGGAGGAGGAGGAAGAAGAAGAAGAAGAAGAAGAAGAGGAGGAGGCGGCUGUGGACCCAGAGGAGGCAGAGGAGCUGACUAACAGUUUAAAAGAUCUUAUCCAAAGUGAAGAUGUGAAACCGAAGCUGCAGUACAUCAUGACUAACCCUUCCUUUUCUAUGGUAACAGUUCAAAGCGAGGACAGUGGAAUAACCUGGGAAACCAGCUCGAGCAGGUGUUCCACUCCCUGGACCUCAGAAACUAGUACAACUUCUGAUCUUUACAGUAUGGAAAGUUCACCGGUAGGUUCUCCUCCAGGAAAAGUUAUCUUUAUUAUGGAUGAAGGUAAGAUCGUUCGGAAGAGGAAGCGUAAAUCUUCAAAUAGGGUGCCAAUGGUUACAAGCCUGAAGGGAGGCCAGAGCAAAAAAAGACGUGACUCUUCUGGAAUGCAGAGGCAAGAACCAAGAACUGUUCUAGCAGAUGUACAGGCCUCCACGUUGAAUGUUGAACAGGUGGAAGCACACGACACAGAUGAGGAAAUGUUGGACGACAAAGAAGAUCUUGAGAACAUCACAGAAGAGCCGGUAAAACGUGCUCCAAUAAGAUCAAUAUUUAGAGAGAGCAGACUGAGAAAAGUAGGGCCAAUCCUUGGAGGACCAGUACAAGCUAGAAUCCAGCUGUUCAACUCAAUUUUUGGAGGGACUGGGCCACCCCCUGAAACAUUGGAGAGAACUAGAAUCCAGAGAAGUAGUUCAAUUUCAGGAGAUCCCGAACAGUUCCUUGAAACAUCAGUUAAAGAAAGAUUGCAGAAGUUCAGUUCUCUUUCAGAAGCAAUGCAUCCGAAGCCUUUCCAGAGAGGAAGUAAAUAUCUUGAAACACCAUCGGAGAGAAGAAGGGAGCAAAGACAACAAGCCACAGCACACGCAAAUCAAAGUUAUCGUUCACCAACAAAGCCUCUUGAAAAACAUCUUACUGGUAAAGAUGAUAUUUCAACUGAAAAUAUUAAACCCAUUAAGACGAAAGAUAAACCAAGCAGACUCUCAGACUUUAAUAGAGAAACAAAACUUCAACAUGAAGAAAGGAAAGACAGAAAAUUUCUUUCAGAGACUCCAAAUCAGGUAUCAGGGCAUUCACUGGAGUCCUUCCUUCCCGAAGAACCCCAGACACAGCCAAGUUUUUCACCUGCAGCCAAAAUGUCAAUUACAGAGCAAACAACCUCCAUUUCAUUAGAACGCGAUGAUAACAUAGAGAAACAAAUGCCGCUUAUCUCAGCUGAAAAUGCAAAUAAGAAACCAGACCAGUAUCUGCCAACAGCAUUGGAUCAUCUGGAUGAACUGAAGGAGCAGGAAGUUCAGCCCAGUUCUGCACCGCAGUCUGUUUCAGCAGAUUUUGUGAAUGAAUUCGAUGAUAGAAAAAGUACCCAACCUAUUUUGCCUAUAGCAUCCAUGUCAGAACAUCCUGAGAAGGAAGCACAGAAGUCAGAAGUUCAGUCUUAUUUGCCCAGUGCUCCACCCAAAUAUUCCACUCUAUCUGAAGCAAGACAGGAGGAUAUUAUUCCUGAAUCACCAGAAACUGCACAAUCUGAGUCUGAACAAAUGCUUUUACCACAUCCUGUAAAUGAAACAGUGAAGCAGGAAACCGAGUAUUACUCAUCAACAACUGUUCUUUCAGAACCUGAGCCUUCAGGUCUACUGUACUCUGCUGAAACAAAAGAGGAUCAAAAGACUCCACCACCAGAAACCCAGAAUGUUCACUUAGACAAGCCAACAAAAUCCGAAAAGGACUUUACUUCCUCCCUUCAGGAAACAGAGGAGAGAGGAAUUAAAGUAAAUCCACCUAUUCCUGAAAAGAUAGAUUCUAAAUAUUUUGGCAUUUCAUAUCCUAUUCACAUGAAAAAAGAAGAAAGUCAGAAAACUUUGGCUAUGAAUAAAGUAGAUUUGGAUCAACCUGAUUUUUGCUCUGAAAAGCAUGAACAAGCAGACAGUACACAAAUGGAGAUGGAGCAUCAAGAUUUCUCAUAUCCCAGCAAAGAACUUCGGGAAUCAGAAAGAACACAGAUGAAGACAGAACAUCGGGACUUCUCUUUUUCCAAGGAAGAAAUGGAGGAAUUGGAGGGUGCACAGGUGGAAAUGGAGCAUCCAGAAUUUUCUUUUUCCAUGGGAGAAAUGAAGGAACGGGAAAGUGCACAACUGGAGACAAAGCAUCCAGAUUUCUUGUAUUCCAGGGAAGAAACAGAGGAAUUGGAGAAUGAAAAACUGGAGACAGAAUAUCCAGAAUUGCUUUUUUCCACAAAAGAAGCAGAGGAACUGGAGAGUGACCAACCAGAGGCAGACCAGCCAGAUUUCUUGUAUUCCAGGGAAGAAACAGAGGAAUUGGAGGGUGAAAAACUGGAGACAGAAUAUCCAGAAUUGCUUUUUUCCACAAAAGAAGCAGAGGAAUUGGAGAGAGACCAACUGGAGACAGACCAGCCAGAUUUCUUGUAUUCAAUGGAAAAAAGAGAGCAAUCAGAGAGUUCACAACUGGAGAAAGAACAUCCAGAUUUUUUUUCCAAGGAAGAAACAGAAGAAUCAGAGAGUACCCAGCUGGAGGUGGAACACCCAGACUUCUCUUUCUCCAGGGAAGAAAUGGAGGAGUUGGAAUGUUCACAGCUGGAGACAGAACAUCCAGAUUUCUUGUAUUCCAAGGAAGAAACUGAAGACUCCUACGGUGUACGAAUGAAGAAUGAACACCAAGAUUUCUCAUUUUCCAGAGAAGAUACGGUAGAAUCAGAGGGAGCACAGCUGAAGAUGGUGCAUACAGACUUUUCUUUUUCCAGGAAAGAAGCAGAAGAAUCCAGAAGUGCACAGCUGGAGGCAAAACAUCUAGAUUACUCCCGUUCCAACAAAGAAACAGAAGAAUCAGACAGUUCACAACUGGAGAAAGAGCAUCCAAAAUUUUUUCCCAAGGAAGAAACAGGAGAAUCCGAGAGUGCCCAGUGGGAGAUGGAACAUCCAGACUUUUCUUUCUCCAGGGAAGAAACAGAGGAAUUGCAAAGUUCGCAGCUGGAAAUGGAACAUCAGGAGCUUUUGGGUUUGAGGGAAGAAAGAGAAAACCAAAAAUCUGUUCCUUUUGAAUUAGAACAGCCAGAAGCAGAGCAAGCAGAAACAGCAGAGCUUGCAUUGCUGCCUUCAGAUUUAUCACGUUCAAUGGAAGAAGCAGAGAAAGAAAACACUACAGAACUCCGGUUAGUACAAACAGAAAUAUUUGAUUCCACCAGAAGAGCUGAGACACAGCAAACCCGGUAUCUAGAAAGAGCAAUUUCAGAUUUACCAUAUCCCAUGAAUAAAACAAAGCAACAAGAACUGGUGCAAGCAGAUUUGGACAAUUCUCUUACAUCACGUAUUAGUGGCAAAGAAGAGCUGCAGCCUGCACAACAGGAUUCACAACCUAGUGGUAAACUGUAUUCCCAUGCCAAGGGAGUUCAAGGAGAAACUACUCAACCGCAGUCAGGGCAUCCAGUUUUGUCAUAUUCUACUGGAAAACAAGAGGAACAUAAAACUUCACAGCUGAGGGCAGAACAGCCUUAUUCCACUGGCAAAACAGAACGACAGGAAAUAUUGCAGCCAAAGUUGAAACAAGCCGAUUCCCAGGGAGAAACAGCACAGGAAGCUGUACAAAGAGAUUUAGAAGGUCCAGAGCCACUGUCUUUCAUUAGUAAAGCAGAGCAACGUGAAAGUAUACAACUAUCUCCAGAAAACAGGGAUUUCUCAUUUACCACAGGAGAUGUAAUGCAAGAAGUAGAGACAGGGUCUUUGGGGUCCUCAUAUUCCAUUAAAGGAGCAAAGCCCUGGAAAAUGGCACAAAUGGAGCAGGAGCAGUUGAUUCCCUCCUGUUCCACUUCUAGUAGUCAGCAACAGGAAACACCACUGGAUGUGGCCCAGCUAGAUAUAUCAUCUCCCUUUGGCAGAAUGGAAGAACAAGAUACAGUACAAAGAGAGCAGAAACAGCAGGAAACAAUGCCACAAAAAGCUAUGCAAAUGGAAAUGGAAUAUUCAGAUUUGUCAGAGACCUGGGGGAAAGAAGACCCACAGGUCAUAGAUCAAAUUAAUUUGAUACAGCAAGAAACAGCUCAGCCAGAGUUAGUUCAUCCAUUUUUGCCAUAUUCGAGUGAAAAAAUGCAAGAAGAAAUGGAAUCAGAGCCAGCAUAUCCUGAACAGACAUUUAAUGUAGGUACAAAACUGCAGGAGGAAAUGACACAACACAAAUCAGAGCAACCAUUUCUUUCACGUUUUACUGGCAAAACAGAGCAACAAGAAACAGUACAUCCACAGCUGGAGCAAAGGGUUUUGCCAUCUUCCAGUGGAAAAGAAGCUCAACUGGAAGCAGAAAUGAGUUCAGAUUAUACAGAUUUCUUUCAUGAAGCUGAACAACAGAAGAAGUUGCAACAUCCAACCUUACCAUUUCGUUCCAAACAACAAGAAACUGCACCACUGCUGAAAGAACAUCCAGAUUUUUCAUGCAACAGUGGUGAAGUAAAACCAGAUAAUGUCAUUGAGCAGGAGCCAGGACAACCACAGCUUUUGUACUCCACAGAAGAAACGCAACUACCGUCAGAACAUUUGGAAUCACCAGGAACCCUGGAUGCAGCAAUACAAGAUGAAAGUGUGGAAUUGGAAUCUAAACAUGGAAAUUUGUCAUGUUCUGAUGGCCACAGAAACCAAGAAACUUCACUUCUGGGUUCAAAUUAUGCAGAUUUAUCGUUUUCCUCAACUCAAGAAUUUGACUCUAAAAAUCAAGAAUUGUCUAAAAUGUCCAGAAAAAGAACUUCUCCAGGAAAUGCACAAAUAGAGUCAAAACAUCUAGAUUUGACAUAUUCCCCUGGCAAAGAAAGUCAGCCAGAAUUUGCAACAUGGGAAAUCAAGCAUCCUGGUUUGUCACAUUGCACUGAUGAGACAAACGAACAAGAAGUAGUACUGUUGGAUCAGAAACACAGAAAAAUUUCUGUUGGCAGAGAAGAACAGCAGCAAGCCACAAAACAGCAGUUAGAGCAUGAGAAGUUACCACGUUCUCCUAGUAAAACGGAGCAAUUAAAACGUGCCUGUGAGAACUUGGAACAGCCAGAUUUAUCACUUUCCAUUGACAGGCCGGAUGCUGAAAUGACCCCAUCAGAGGCAGAGCACGCCGAUGUGAUGUAUCCUCUGGACAAUGCAGAGGUGAGAGAAAGAGUACAACAAGGAAGAAAGCAAACUUACACCUUUGGGAAAGCAGAACAGAAAAUAGUUCUGCCAGAAAUGGAAAUUACACAUUUGGCCCAUUUUGUGGGUACAGCAGCAGAAGAAGAAAUGGCAGGACCAGAUCAGGGACAUUCUGACUUGCCUUGUUCUGUUUUCAAAGCAGGAGGACUGCAAACUGCACAGCUGAGAACUGACCCCCCUGGUCUAGAAUAUUCCUUUGACAAAGUGCAGAAAACUAUCCAGCUGGGGCUGGAACAGACAGGUGUGUUGGAUGAUCAUGAUAAAACAGAGCAACUCCCACCUGCCCAGCUGGAGCUUAGCCGAACAGGCUUGGCAUCACCUGCUAAUAAAGUGGAGCAGCUUGCAGAGGAGCACACAGCCUUUGGACACCCUGAUGAGGGACAAUCUGUCAGGAGAGCAGAACAUCCACAAGCUGCAAAAGAGAAACCAGGAGCUCCAGAUGCAUCAUCUCAUAGUGGAAAAGUGGAGCAAAGAGAAAUAUCCAAACCAGGGCCAAAACAUCCUGAUUUAGCAUAUUCCAUUGAUACAAUACAAACUGAAGAAACUACGCAUCAGGUGUUAGGAAAACCACAUCUAUCAUCUUGGGUUGGCAAAACAGAGCAAGUACAAAUUGCUCAAGAGAAGCAGCCAGGCUUCACGUGUUCUUUCAAAAGAGCUGCACAAGAUGAGAAAGCACAGCCAGAACUGAGACAUUCGCAGUUAUCAUACUCUGUUAGUGAGGCAGAACAAGAAACUGCACAUGCAAAACCAAACCAUUCGGGUUUGUCUGCUGGAAGAUUCCAACACCAUGAAAUCAUACAACCAGAGGCAGAAGUAAUGGAUUUGUCAUAUUCAAUUGGUGAAACACAGCAACCUCAAAUCGCUGAAGUGGAUUUGGAGCAUCCGGAUUUAUUGCAUUCUAGCACAGUACAGCAACAAGAGAAGACUAAACCAGAGCAGGUACAGCCAGGUAGUUUUGCAUCAUCUUUCAGCAGAGAAGAGCUAUGGGAAGCUGCAGGACUGCAGGCUGAACACCCCGAGCUGCAGUGCUCUCUGGGGAAGAUGGAAGGAAAACAAAAUUCACAAGCAAAAUCAGAAUAUGAAGAUUCAUCGUUCUCUGUUGGCACAGCAGAACCUCAUAAAACAACAGAACCAGAGCUGGAAGAACAUGAUUUGUUGCAUUCUUUUGUCAAAACAAAGCCAUCACAGGCUGCCCCACUGGAGUCUGUUAUGUCAGAUGCCAUGGGCAAAGCACCGCACCCUGAUUUGUCCUCUUCUGUUAGUAAAGAAAAACAAAGUGCACAGCUGGAGUUCAGACAGCAGAGGGGAAGCUACACGUUACACCCAGAAGAAACAGUACAACCGAAAUUGGAACAGCUGGUGUUUCCAAGUUCUUGUAGCAUAGCAGAGCAAUCAACUAGAAGCCCAACUGAAGGGGAAUUCCCAGAACUUUUGGUUUCCUCUGGCAAAAAAGACCAGCAGGAAAUGGUGAAACAAGAGAUGGAGCAUUCAGAUUUAUCAUAUUCCACUGAUAAAACACAUCAAAAAGAAGCCACGCAACCUGGGUUAGGACAACAAGAUUUAUUAUCUUGCCCUGCGAGGACAGAGCAACGACAAACUAUUCAAGUGGAAGCAGAACAUCAAAACUUGCUUCAUUUCACUGGCAAAACAGAAUGGCGAGGAACAGCACAACCAGAGGUUAAACAUAGAGAUUUGUCAUAUUCCAGUGACAAAGCAGAGCAGCUACAAGCUACUCAGUGGAAAUCAGAGCAGCCUGUAGCACCCCAUCCCAUUGGAAAAACAGAGCAACAAGGAAUGGCACAUCCAGAGAGGGAAAUCCCCAGCAUAUCAUAUCCCAUUUGCAUAACUUUGUCACAAGAAGAAACACAAAUGGACUUAGAGCAGCAAGAUCUAACAUACAUCCUUGGUAAAACAGAUGAAAUGCAAACCAUUCAAAGUGAACUGGAACAUACAGGUUCGUUGUAUUCUUCUGGCAAAAGAGAAGAAGAAAUGGUAUUGCCAGGGCAGCAACAUGCAGAGCAGUCUUACCCUGUUAGAGAAAUAGAAAAGGAAGCGACACAUCAGAAAUCAAACUACCCAGAGUUGCCAUAUUUUAUUGGUCAACAAGAGCACCAGGAAAUUGAACAAUCAGGGGUGGAAAAAAUCAAUUUAUCCUGUACGGCUGGCAAAUCAAAGGACUCACAACGUACCCAAGAAGUACUGCAACAGCCAGCUCUUUUAAUGUCCUUUGAUAAAGUAAAGGAAAAGGGAAUGGCCCAGACAGACUUUUUGCACUCCCUUUGUGAAGAAAAGAAGAAACCAGCUUCACAGACAGAUUUAGUGCAACCAGGUUUAUCACGUUCACUUGGCAAAGCAGAAAAAGCAGAAACAGUGCAAACAGGGUUCAUGCCUCCUGGUUUCUCAUAUUCCACAGAAAAGGCAGAACAGUUGCAACUGGAACGACUGAAAUCAAAACAUCCAGAUUUGCCAUAUUCUCCUGACAAAGCAGAGACUUGUAAAAUGAAACCAUCAGAUUUAUUGUAUUCCUAUGGCAAAGCAGAGCAACCACAGACUGCCCACCCUGAGCAUCCAGAGAUGACAUCUUUCAUGGGUGAAAGGGAGCAGAGGGAUGGGGCCCAACCUGAAUUGCAGUGUAUUAAUUUGCGGUACUCUGUUGUUGAAACAGAGCAACAAGAAACACCCUCUGUGUCAUAUUACUUUGAUAGGAACAAGGAGCAGGGAACUGCACAAAUGGACUCUGAACACUCAGAUAUAUUAAGUCCUACUGUCAAAGCAGAAAAGCAUGAAAUGGCCCCAUUGAGAGCAGGACGUUCAGAGAAGCAAGACACUGCAGCUACUUCCUCUCUAACUGCUCAGCUGGAAACUGAAAGACAAGGUUUAUCCUUUUUCACUGAGGAAUCAGAGAGCCAAAAAGUUCAACCGUAUUCAUCUGUUACUGAACAAACAGUGCAUGUACCUUCAGGUCCUUCACAUUCUGUUUCUGAAACGAAACCAGAAGGGAGUCCAAAGUCUUCACCUGUAAAAGGAGGCCUGUCCCCCAAGCACUUAGAUUUAUCUUACACCCACACUAAAACAGAGCAUUCAGAAAUGGCCCAGCCUGAAUCAGGUUUCUUCUCUGGAAGAAAAGGAGCAGAGAACACAAAAACCACGCAUUUGUCUGUGGUUGCACAGUCAGAGGAUGAACACGUAACUUUACCUGAAACAGCAAGAGAAAAGACUUUACAUUACUUGCACACAGCUAUGCAAUUAGAAUCUGAACAAUUAAAUGUAUCAUGUUCUACAGACAAAGCAGAAACUCUAGAAAGUCAAGAUUACUUAACUGUACCUUCAAAACUGGAGUCUGAACCUUCAGUUCCAUUUUAUUCAGCUAAUGAAACAUGUCAGCAAGACGUUCCGCUUUACUCAAAACCAGCCUCUGAGUAUUUAGUUCCCACAGGGUCCCUAGCUGAGCAAGAAAAGAAAAGCAUGCAGUCAGUUAUUUCCCACUCUGUACAAUCAGAGUCUAAACAUGUAAUUCCACCACAUGAUGAAAUAGAAUUGCAAAAAAAUCAGCUCCGGUCAACUAAAACAACAAGCUUGAAGACAGGGCAGUUGGGGAGUAUGCCUCUAACACACACACAAGAUCAAGAUGAGCAAGAAUCUCAAGAUCGUUUGUUGGACACAAAAUAUUUAUCAUCAGAGCAGCUAAGAAGUCCCCUCAAAUUCACUACUGAGCAGGAAAAGCAAGAAAUGCAACCUGGUGUGCCAAGGUUGGAGACCACAGAGUCAAAGUUGACUGCUGUAGCAGAUGAGCAGGCAGUGUCAUCAAAUUUGUAUGUACCUUCUCAUACAUUACCUGAGAAGUCAGUAUCAGUGGCUUUGACUGGUGAUGAAGGGAAACAAAAUAUUGCGUCAUCUUUAUACGAUGUAGUAGGCAUGCUUGGAAAGCAAUCUAGCAUAGCUUCAGACAUCUAUACUGAAGGAGAAGGUAGAUGUGAAAUCCAGCAAUAUUUUGCAGGUGAAAAGCAAGCAGACUCAGAAGAUCUUAGAGCUGUUUCAUCAGGUCAUGUUUACAAAACCGUGGCACACAAAACUCAGCUUUAUCCUGGUGAACAGGGCAGCCUGUCUUCAGCAGAGGUGAAGUCUGUUAGCUCUAGUUCUGAUGAAAAGAAGUAUCCAGAUAUUCCAUCCUCCGGGCUAGCUAGCUGGCUGUCAGAGGAGGUGAAAGCUCACUCAGUUAGUCUGAUAAGGGCCACAGAAGCAGACAGGCAAGGAACUCAGCUUUCUCCAAAAGAAGAUUCUGACUUUGGAUCAAAAAAAUUCCCAGCUGGAAGUUGCACAGAACUUCAGGUUCCUGGUGCUACAAAGAAUGAAGGACAUAUAUUUAGUAUUUCUGAUUCAAUGUCAAGGGAAAUUUCACACAGAAUGUCCACAGACACUAGUCAAAGAAUGAAGAAGUAUGACUUACUGGUAGGAGAUAAUCCAGGCCCAGACAAAGUUCCAAAGCAUGAAACUAGCAUUGGAAUCCCUACAAAAAUGGAAGCAAUGCAACAUCUGGAGGUAGACAAAGUGUCUGAAGUGCCUGAACGUUACCUGAGAGGAGAAGAGGAAGAAAUGGAACAUGUGAGUGCUGUAGAAGGAAGUGAGCAUUCUCCAGGGACUACUGAAGAGAAAGAUCUAUUUAAUAUAAUUUCAGAAGGUUAUGAAAUACUCAAUAUUCAUGUUCCUACACAUAUUUCUUCUGUUGAUCAAGAAGAAAGUGAACACAUGCCAGAUAAACUAGAAUACUUGGAAACAAAUCCUUCAUUUAAAAGAAAACUAACUGAUGAUGACCAUAGAUCCCUGGCUUCUGGAACAACCACAGAAAUUUCAGAAAGCUCAGUUUUGGGAAAGUCUGCAAGCCAUGAACUAAAAGAAUCAGUCAAAAAUUAUGAUGUUGAGGAAAAUGAAGACAGACAACAAGAAAAUCCCAUGUUGCCAGAAAGCAACAAUAAUGUAGUGUUGGAUCCUAAUAAUGGUAUAGCUGAUAUGGAUUACUUUGAAAAAUAUACAUUGAUUGAUGACAAAACCCCAAUUAAGCCAAAUUUUGAAAGACCAAGUUCAUUAUUUCCUGUGACAGAAGAGCCCGAUGAAUCUGUGGAAGAAGCCAUACCUUUUGAAGAAAGCACUGAAGUAGAUACUUUAGAAGAGGAGUUUUCCUUACUUGAGGAUCUGGAUGAAGUCUUUUAUGGCACUGUGAAAGGGGAAAGCAAAAUGCAGACCUAUGCUGAUGCUCCAAAACCUUUAGCUCAGCAGAAAUUGACUGAUAUUAGCAGUAAAAAGGUUACAAAUGUAGAAGAUGAAAGGAAGUCACCAGGGACCCCACUCUUUGAUUCAGAAGAAGGAGUACUAGAACGAUCUCUGUUGUUCCCUACCACUGUUGCUGCAGUUAAUCCAGAGCUUCUAGAAGAGCCACCUGCUCUGUCGUUUUUAUACAAGGACCUCUAUGCAGAAGCAGUAGGAGAAAAGACAAAGGAAGAGACUCCAUCUGAUGAGGAAAGUGGUAAUUCUAGUGCAUCUUUCCCAAGCAGAAAUUCAGACACAGAUGAUGGAACAGGAAUAUAUUUUGAAAAAUACAUCCUUAAAGAUGAAAUUCCAAGUAAGGGCAUAGGGCCUCAAAAGGAUCAGAUAUCAGAAGACGAGUCCUUUAGUGGAGGAAUUUCAGUUCAGAUUUCAGAGGACAGGCACAAACAGGGGUCUGGUGAUGUUCAGCAUGUCAGAACUGAGGUUCUGCCAGAAAAGGUUGUUGUGGAGAGAGGGAAAGUGCAGGUUGACAGUGACAUUCAGGCAACAAUUUGUAAACCAAUGCAUGCCAUUCCUUUUGGAAGCAAUAUAAUUCUUUCAGGUGCAAGUACGGAUAGCACUGAACAAAGAGAAGAAGAAAAUGUACCUUUAGAAACAACUGAGGAGCUGCCAGAGCAAUCAAGUCAUCAGGCACAUAGUCAACUAGUGGAUUAUCAGGGAGCUGCAUAUCAAGAAGCUGGUUAUAAGCAGGAAGAACAGUAUGACAUAACAACAGCUCCUCAAAUAGAGAAGUACGUCCCAUAUGUCAGGAUUCCUGUUGAAGACAGCGAAGAUGAUCAUUACACUCAGGAAAAUCUUUCCUGUGUCCCUACCACUCAGCAAACAGAGAAGCCAGACUUCCAAAGAGAGAAGCAGCACCCUGAUGUUUAUGAAGAUUUCCCUGAGUCAAUAGACUAUGAUGUGAUCACACACGAAGAACUUUUGCAAGAUGAAAUAUCAUCUCAGUUAACACAUGAGGAGCUAUUAUUUGAAGACAGGGACUCUUUUGAGCAUGCUGGUGAUAGUUAUGAAUUUAUUGAUGACCCUGAGCAAAGAACACCUGUUGAGCUUGAAGAUUCAGGAUUUGUAGUCAUGUGUCCUGAAAAAUCAGCUGCAAACGUUCCUCAAUUUGAAAGCCCGCAAAGAGAACUGAAGAAAGUGCAAGCAGACACAUAUUGUUACCACUGUAAAUGCCCAAUAUCUGCUUUUGAUAAGCUUUUUGGAGAACAUAAAGACCAUGAAGUCACAACACUAGAUGAUGCUGCAACCAAGAUGAAGGAUCAUCUAACGGAACUGUCAGCAGCACUGGAAGAAAAGUCAAUGAAGAUUGAACAGUUCGUGAGUGAUAUCGAAUUACUAUUUAACUCUGUUGAGGAAAACUGUAAGAGAAAGGCAGACUUCUUGGAAAAGCAGAAUGAAGAGAUGCUUAAGAAAGCAGUAGCACAAUAUGAUGAGAAAUCAGAGAACUUUGAGGAAGUGAAGAAGAUGAAAAUGGAAUACCUGUAUGAGCAGAUGGUUAACUUCCAGCAAACUGUUGAUUCAGCAAAGGAAACUUUGGAGACAGCGGUAAAAGAAAUGGAAGAUCUGGAUGGAUUUGUUUUCCUCAAUUCAUCUAAAGAAUUAAAUAAAAGGUUACUUGCUGCAAUGGAUACCACCCUCUCUUUAGAAAAGGUACCCAGUGCUUUUUCACUCUUCGAGCACUACGCAGACAGUCCAGGACAAAGCAGUGAGCAAUCUGUAAAACAUGUGGCUGUCCCACAGACACCAACUGUCAUACCUCAGGAACCAAACUCGGCCACCAGCACCUCCAUUGCCAUCUACUGGACUGUGAAUGAUGGGGAUGUCAUUGACUGCUUCCAGGUCUACUGUAUGGAGGAGCUGCAGGCCAGCAAAGAUCCAGGGGCUUUGGUGGAAGAAUACAGAGUGACAGUGAAGGAAAGUCACUGCAUUUUGGAGGACCUGGAGCCAGAUCACUGCUACAGCGUGUGGGUCAUGGCUGUCAACGGCACAGGUUGUAGCUUACCCAGCGAAAAAGCCAUUUUUAGGACAGCACCCGCUGUCCCCACAAUCAAGGCUGAGGACUGCACAGUGUGUUGGGACACGGCCACUGUCCGCUGGUGUGCCAGCUCGGCAUCAACGGAGUCCUUCACCCUGGAGUACUGCCGACAGCACUCGCCAGAAGGAGAGGGUCUCAGAUCUUUUGCUGGUAUAAGGACACCUGAACUGGAAGUAUCCCUGGAGCCCAAUGUGAACUAUUUCUUCUACUUGAAGGCUGUCAACUCAUUUGGGGCAAGCGAACAAAGUGAAGCAGCUCUCAUCUCAACUAAAGGAACUCGAUUUCGCCUGCUGAGUGACACAGCCCAUCCUGCUUUGCAAAUCUCCUCUGAUGCAACAGUGAUCCACCUUCCUGAGAAAACCAAAUUCACUGGGUCUCCUUCAGUCCUGGGUGAACUGCUGCCUGCUCGAGGACAUCAUUACUGGGAAAUCGUAGUCUCUGCCUGCAGAAGUUACAGGAUUGGGAUUUGCUAUGAGGCAAUAUCACAGAAUAGUGUUUUGGGGCUGAGUGAUACCUCCUGGUGUAUGCGGUGUUGUCCUACACAAACCAGCUUCCUUUACAGAUUUCUUCACACCGGUGUAAUAAGCGAUGUCCGUGUGACAGAAGUCCCAACCAGAAUUGGCAUCCUGUUGGAUUACAGUGGUGGCAGACUGUUGUUCUUCAAUGCGGAGAGAGGACUGUUGCUGUUCACCAUCAGGCACAAAUUCACUGAUGCUGCUCACCCAGCCUUUGCCCUGGAGAUGGCUGGAGUGCUUACCCUACACAUGGGAAUGGAGCUGCCAGAGUUCGUGAAGCACAGCUAAUCCCCUGCUUCACACUGUCAUGAAAACUGACAAUUACAGCAUCAGGGGACAGAGAGGGGAAGAAGGGUGCCAGGGAGGGAUGUCUAGUCUUCACUGAUGAAUGCUACACACACAGCUCUCCCCUACAUAUCAGUAAUUGUAGCCACUGCUCAGUCACAGAAUCACCCUGAGCCUGGAGAGAAAACCUUCUCUUUCAGAGAGCACACACCUAAUGAUAUGCACAGGAGUACUUUUAAGGGGAUAAAAUUUUUGUUAGAUAUGAGUAUUAACGAGAGGGGGUAUAGAAUUGUACUUUCCCUGUGAAAAUAAUGAUAGUGCUAGCUGUCUUUUUAAAGAUGAGGAUGAGCCUGUGUAUGAAAUAAAUGCAUUUCUCACUGCAAUAAGUGUAAGCCAUCAUUUUAUCAUUUGCCAGGAAGUUAAAGCCUGAAUCUAAGGUGAUGCGUUUGAAAAAUGUGCAAGAAUUUCAACAACUGAAACAUUCUGCUGGUUAAUA